CGCUUGAGAUUGUUUUCGGGUUCCGGAUUCGCGUCGCGUGGGCGUGUGGGGGUAAUGGCGUGCCGUGGUCGCGAUCGCUCUCCAUCGCAUUGGGCGCUUCGCCAUUUUUUAUUUUGUUUCUGCUUGCUUGUUUGCUCUUUCGAUGACAUGGUGGCUUGUGGCGCUGGGAUUCUGAGCUCGGUUGCAUCCUGAGCUUCCGCGGAGGGUUUAGAGCGGAUUUGGUAAAGCAGUUGAGGUGGGCAUGGCGUGCCGAAUCAAACCUGAGCCGUGGGAUGAUUUACGCAGCUGUGGGGAAUCGGAUCCCCCAACCACGCGAAUUUGGAAAACAGGAGCAGUGGAGUGCUCGGGGAUCGGUGUCGUCAUUUUUCUAGGAUUCGAGUUUGUUGGAAUCUAGUUAGGUCAUAAUAUCUCGUUCCGAUUUGAUUGUGUUUUCAUCAAACUAGAAGUUGGUUACUGCUAAGCUUCCUUCGUCGAAGCUACUUGCCGUAUUUGGUACGCGAAUCCGGUGAGCUGAGUUGUGCGCGUUCCGCUCGACGGGCUCUGCGCGAACGGCGAGCUCUCUUCCAGUCAAGUCCUGAUUGCGUGGGUCACGGGUCCUGAGCUGUGAAGGCAGAGAGACAACAAAAGUAAGGCUUCAGUAGCCGUUCCAGGUCAAGGCAUGAUGGAGAGGUCGCUGCUGGAGGCACUGGCCACGGCGGCACAGGGAGGCACAUCGGGGACAUCGGUCCUGAGCAUGCUCAAGUAUGCCGUGAUGCCCAUCGCCAAGGUGUUCACCGUCUGCUUCAUGGGGUUCCUUAUGGCCUCCAAGUACAUCAACAUCCUCCAGCCCAACGGCCGCAAGCUUCUCAACGGGCUUGUGUUUUCGCUUCUGCUUCCUUGCCUUAUAUUUUCCCAGUUGGGUAGAGCAAUCACUAUCGAGAAGAUGAUACAGUGGUGGUAUAUUCCAGUAAAUAUUGUUGUAGGCGCAGUAUCUGGCUCUUUGAUUGGCUUUGUUGUGGCAUCUAUCAUCAGGCCCCCAUAUCCAUACUUUAAGUUCACUAUUAUCCAUAUAGGAAUAGGAAAUAUUGGAAAUAUACCUCUGGUCCUCAUUGCAGCGUUAUGUCGGGAUCCAUCUAAUCCAUUUGGUGAUUCUGAUAAGUGCAACCAAGAUGGAAAUGCAUAUAUCUCAUUUGGUCAAUGGGUUGGUGCAAUUAUUGUUUACACAUAUGUAUUCAAGAUGCUUGCUCCACCACCAGGACGGACCUUUGAUGGCUCUGAAGAUGAUGAACUUCCAGUCAAGGGAUCUGAAGAGAAUGCGGUGCCACAACUCGCCAAAUAUCCGAUUCCAACAAGCACUCACACUAGUGCUGUACCAGAGGAUGAGCCUUUGUUAUCUGCUGGGGAAGUUCAAAAAGAAUAUGCCACUUCUGUAGGAUCAAAGAUAAUGGGCCAUGUUAAAUGUGUGAUUAAAUUCCUGAAAGACAAGCAGCUUCUCCAGCCACCAAUUAUUGCAUCUGCUUUUGCAAUUGUCAUUGGUGUUGUCCCAUUCUUGAAGAAUUUUGUGCUUACAGAUGAUGCGCCUCUCUUCUUUUUCACAGACAGCUGUCUGAUUCUUGGGGAAGCUAUGAUCCCGUGCAUUUUACUUGCUGUCGGUGGCAAUCUCGUUGAUGGUCCUGGUGAAGGAAGUAAGAGGCUUGGUGUGCGUACAACCGUUGCUAUAAUUUUUGCACGGUUGAUCUUGGUCCCUCUUGCUGGGGUUGGCAUCAUCUUGUUAGUUGAUAAACUUGGUUUCAUUCCGAAAGAUGACAAAAUGUUCAAGUUUGUCCUGCUACUGCAGCAUUCUAUGCCCACAUCAGUGCUGUCAGGUGCCGUUGCAAACUUGAGAGGGUGUGGUAAAGAAUCAGCUGCAAUCUUGUUCUGGGUUCACAUUUUUGCCGUGUUCUCUAUGGCAGGAUGGAUCAUUUUCUAUUUGAGCUUGCUCUUCUAAACACCUUACCGCACAGGAAGAUCUUUGAAAGAAAAUAUCAUCCUAAGUAUCACGAAAAUAGCGACAUUAUAUGUACAAUAGCCUGUAAAUCAUGGUGACAGCUUCAGAGUCUGUGAAUUGUAUCAGCAUAGAUAUACGGUAAGUGUGGUUCUGCUGCUGCUGCAAGCAGUGGGUGAAGAUGGCACCGCGGUGUGUUGCCCUGCAGUUCACAGAGAACCAUUUAGAUAGGGAUGCCAGGUUCUUCCAAUCAAUACCCAGCUUUUCAGUUUUUCUUUGUUCCAAACAAUAUAGUACCAUGUGAUCGUAUUCAAUCCUCGACAGGGUUCAAGUGUAUUUGUCUGAGAUGCCUACGUUGAGAGUUCGUGUUCAAAUAGUGUAGCUGUACAGAUACGUACCUCACCUCUUAUGCUGCUGUCCAUGCCCAUUACGGUGUUUA